AUGCUAUCAAUAUUCUUCUUCACUACGUUUCUUGUAUGUUUGUCGAGCACUUUACUAUUGAGUGAUUUUUUCCCAUAUGGAACUGAGGUAGGUGAUUCGAUUGUACCACCAAACGACGAUGAAAGUGACGGACCUUUUACUCUACCUCAUAUACUUCCCUACUUUGACAACAAUCACCGUCAAAUUUGGGUGGCCAAUAAUGGUCUUUUCUCGUUUCUCUCAGAAGUUUCUACAUUUGUACCGGAUCCUUUCCCACUAGCAAACGAUCAACGUUUCAUAACUGGUUUCUGGUCAGACAUCGAUACGCGGGGUGUAGUCAAUGAUAUUGGUAACCGAGUUUAUUAUCAUAUUUACAGCGAUACAUCUCAAUCAAACACUACAUCGUUAGUGUUCGCGAAAGCAAGUGAUUAUGUGCGAAGAUUUUUUCCUCAACAGCGUCUGUUCGAACCAACAAUGGUUAUCACAGGCACUUGGUAUCGUGUAGGAGCUUACAGUAGUAAAACAGAUCGAUUAAAUACAUUUCAAAUAGUAUUAGCCACUGAUAGUGAUCGAAGUUUUGUUUUUCUACUUUAUCACGAUUUGCAAUGGGCCGGACCGGGAUAUACGACGGAACCAUACGCUCAAGCAGGUUUCAAUGCUGGUGAUGGUAUUGCUUUCGAAAUGCUUCCGUAUUCGCGUACCAAGGACAUAGUGCGCCUGGUGAAUGAAAGCAAUGUUAACGUACCUGGUCUCUUUGUUUUCCGUGUAGACACAGACGAAAUUGAUCCUGGUGGCUGUAGCAGUAAUGUAUCUGUUGUUACUCUGCGUCCGCGCAUCAGCUCACAGCUAGGAUCUACGGCACUGAAUAUUCAAGGACCAUGCUUCAGCAAUUCGACCAUACUUAAAUGUCGAUUUGGUUCAUUAGCAGAAAUCGUCGACGGCAUCGUAGUUGAUACAUUUCGAGCCAUAUGUUUGACACCCCUUGCUCCUGUACAUGGGCCAGUACUAGUGAGUUUAUCGAUUGACAACGGUGUUUCAUAUAUGCCAGUUAGUGUUUUUACAUAUGCUCAAAUGCAAUUUGGCUCCGGUGAUGUCAUCAUUGGCACAGGUAAUCGAGACAAUCUACUCAAUGUUUUACAGUAUAUCAAUCUUACAUGGCGUUUUCCGGAAUCUUCACGAGAUACGUUUCCCAAUGGAACUGCCAUUGAAAUAGAACUAGUCGAAGUAAGCCUUAGCAACCGCUCUCAAUUACAACAGAAGAAUUCACCUAUGAUACUUGCUCGAGGCUUGACUCCUGAUGUUACUUCAUUUCGUCUUCUUUUACCAGAAAGUAUUACCUAUAUUACAGCAUGUUUUAUCCGUGUUGUAGCUCGUUUUGAAGCCAAAACAUAUGCUGGACUGAAUACAGGCAUACUAACUGUACGUAGUCAGGAGUCAUUUGCAUCUGAAUCCUGCGUCGAAUGGUCUCGCCAGCAGCCUGAACCGUCCACAUGGAAUGAUGGCAUUCUCCCUUGUCCAAUGACACGCACACAAGCAGUUGCUGCUGGUCGUUGUUGUUAUGAAUCUGACAGUCAAUGUUACCGAAAUAAUCCUAAUUCCAACAAUUGCUGGCUUCAUCAAGGUCGUCCUGGACAUAAUGAAAACUCAGCUGUUGAAUGCUAUGUAUCGAAAAGCUCAAAUAUUCAUGGUGCUGGAACCGAAUGUUGUUAUGAUUUUGAAGGACAAAUAAUUACGCGCGGCACUGGAGCAGGCACGGACGAUCGAUAUCGACCUGCCGUAUUACCAGUGCAACAUUUUUUUGAAGAUACAUUACCAUAUCUACAAUGUUGUAUGAUUAGUACCAAUAUUGAAAUGUGUAAUACAUACAUGUACUAUCGACCGCCACGGCGAGGCAGCAAUACAAUGGGUCAAAGUGGUGGAACAUGGGGUGAUCCUCAUUUCAUUACACUAGAUGGAACAUCUUACACAUUCAACGGUUAUGGAGAAUAUACCUAUUUGGCCAUUAGCAAUGAUCCAUUGCCACCCGGAUCACUUCAAUCUUCGAAUCGACCACAUGUGUUUAUGUCACAAAUUCGUACUAUGCCACUCGAAUCAAAUAAUGUCACUGUUACAAAAGGUUUUGCAGCUAAAUCAUCAGAUCCUGAAAGUCAGUCAAUAAGUAUAACUGUUUCUCGUCGUGAAAAUCUUGUUAUGCGUCGUGGUAAUGAGCUUCUCGAGUUCGAAGACAAUAUUCAUAUGCUAUUUUUUCCUGAAAUAACCAUCGAACGAAAUCCAAUCGAUAGCACUAUUCUUACUCUAUCGUGGACAAUAGGUGUGACUGUUCAAAUAAAACUAGUUGAAAUGGUAUCACCAUCGACAGCACUCGUACUCAAUGUAGCGGCUUCUGUAACUGAUACGUUUCGUGGACGAACAUAUGGUCUAUUGGGUACUUAUGAUGGUGAACCCACUAAUGAUCUACGAGCUCAGAAUGGAAUAGUAGUGAAUUCUAAUGCUUUGCCCGAAGAGAUUCAUCGACAAUUUGGUGUUACUUGGGCUAUUCAUACCGAUACUUCUUUAUUUUACUAUGAGUCAGGUCAAUCAGCUGAAUUUUUCGAAAACCAAAAUAGAUUAUUUGUUCCAUCUUUCACCGAACCUAUCAAUACAGCAGCAGAAGAUGAAUCUAUUCGACGUACAUGUAAAAUUGCUUCGGAUUCUGCAUCAUCUUCAUGGAAUGCUGCUCAACGAACAUGUUACUAUGAUAUGUCAAUAACGCGAGAUGAAACGUUUGCACAAACAUCUUUUGAUGCUGGUGACGAAAUUUUAUCGAUCAAAGCUGAUCUAAGAAGUCCACCUCUCUUUAAUAUUGAACUUCCUGUUUCCAUGAAAGCGAAACACGGUGAGCGAAUUCAUCUGACAAUAGACGCUACAAGUAAUUAUUCCACGAGUGUUAUCGUUCUGUCCGCUAACCAUCUGCCUAAUGGUGCUACAUUUAACAUACAAACAAAGGUAUUCGAGUGGACAGCUAUUGAAGGCGAAGAUUAUGUUCGAAUUCGAGCGAAGGAUUCAACAUACAACUUAACAUCAACACAUGAAAUUGUCUUUCAAGUAGAACGAGCCGAUGAAAGUAGUGCCAUUCGGUCUGAAAUGCAAAGUUCGCUAUUUUUCCUUGCUAUACUGUUUUGUAUGCUUUUUAAAUAAGAAAAUGAAAGAUUGCAUAACUCCAACAAACUAUCAACAACAAGACAAGACUAUUGAGUUAUUUAAAUAAAAAAUAUUCAUCUAUACUUUUAUAUCUUGAUUUUUCAAGCAAAACAUAAUCAUUGUAACGAAUCAGCGAUUAUGAUGAGAGGGAUUGGAGGAUAUGUUCAUACUGAGAAAAGUUUUCACCACGCUAGAAAGAUAUUUUACACCCAUACAAUAGUCUCAAGUCUUUCGUAACUCUCCUGUCAAGUACUUUAGGUGAUACGAAACAAUGAAUUGUACAAUACAGUUUAUAUGAUUCAAUGCAGCUUGUCUCAUUCAUCAAAAUAUUCAACGUUCGAAAUAGGUAUACUAGCAAAGAAAACAAGAAGGUCUUAAGUAAGAACGACAAUAUCGGACAAAUUGAUGACUUCUAAUUAAACUUUUGAGCAACACUGUCUCAACUAUAUAAUUAAUAACUAUACGCUAGAACCCAUAUACGUAGCAAAUUAACGUUUCAUUUGCUAAAGUUUCAUAUAUGCUCACUCGCCAUUCUAUGAUCGCAAUAUUAAAAAGAGUAGGUGAUGUUGUCCUGAUAAAUUCAAGUUAUAAAAUUAGAAUUCAAAUCAAUUUAGUUUCAACAGAGAAUUCGAAUCUGAGAUGGAUUGAGAUUUAUGUUUUAGUUUUUUUCUGAAGUUUAGGUUCGAACGCAUAUCAAUCACAUUUCUACUUAAAAAAUAUUGUCAUGAGUGAUUCUAUAAUUUCUAACAGCAUUAUACAUUAAAAUAUAUCGGGUGGGGUGUGGGUGUGGGUGUGGGUGUGGGUGGGUGCCUGUGUGGAUCUUCUCAUCAUCAUGCAGACUCAUCCCCAGACCCACACACCCUCACUUGCCCAUACCCAUAUGCCACAACCCAAACCCACAUCCCACACCCUCAUCCACACCCACACCCACACCCACACCCACACCCACACCCACACCCACACCC